AGGAGGAGCUGUUUUGGGUGUUGUGGAUCUGUGUAAAAUCUGUGGGAGUGAGCCGAGCUUGUAUUCUAUUUUCCAAUUAGCUGAAUAUUACUGUUUGUAUCGAUACGAUUUGAAACAGAAGUAGACAUGCCUGGAAUAGAUAAGCUACCAAUAGAAGAAACAUUGGAAGACAGUCCGCAGACCCGCUCAUUGCUGGGUGUCUUUGAGGAGGAUGCAGCUGCUAUAUCCAGCUACUCCCAGCAGCUGUUCCAGGCCAUGCAGAGGAUCUAUGAUGCUCAGAAUGAGCUGAGUGCUGCCACUCAUCUGACUUCCAAGCUCCUGAAGGAGUAUGAGAAGCAGCGUUUCCCCCUAGCGAGUGAUGAUGAGGUUAUGAGCUCAACACUGCAGCAGUUUGCCAAAGUCAUAGACGAGCUCAGCUCCUGCCAUGCAGUCCUCUCCACGCAGCUGGCAGACGCCAUGAUGUUUCCCAUCACCCAGUUUAAGGAGCGCGACCUGAAAGAGAUACUGACGCUGAAGGAAGUGUUCCAGAUAUCCAGUGACGAUCACGACACGGCCAUCACUCGAUACAGCCGUCUGUCUAAGAAGAGAGACAACGAGAAGGUGAGGAGCGAAGUGAUGGAGGACGUCUACACCUCCAGGAAGAAGCAGCACCAGACCAUGAUGCACUACUUCACGGCCCUCAACACCCUCCAGUACAAGAAGAAGAUCUCUCUGCUGGAGCCCCUGCUGGGGUACAUGCAGGCCCAGAUCAGCUUCUUCAAGCUGGGCUCAGAGAACCUGACUCAGCAGUGGGAGGACUUCCUGGCCACCAUAGGAACCAGCGUUCAGAACGUCCGUAGAGAGAUGGACGGGGAGGUGGAUGUGAUGCAGCAGACCAUCCUGGAUAUGGAACAGUCCAGUGACCUGCUCUACAUGCCUGACCCCGACCCCAACCACGUCCCCAUCAACCGCAAUCUCACCCGCAAGGCCGGCUAUCUCAACACUCGCAAUAAAACCGGCCUGGUGUCCUCGACCUGGGACCGGCAGUACUUCUUCACCCAGGGAGGGAACCUCAUGAGCCAGUCUCGGGGAGCCGUGGCCGGGGGGUUGGUCAUGGACAUUGACAACUGCUCCGUCAUGGCCGUGGACUGUGAGGACCGCCGCUUCUGCUUCCAGAUCACCUCCUUCGACGGCAAGAAAGUGGCCAUCUUGCAGGCCGACAGCAGAAAGGACUGUGAGGAGUGGAUAACCACGAUCAACAACAUAUCCAAGAGGAUCUACCUGAGUGAGAACCCUGAGGAAAUCGCUGCAAGAGUCAACCAAUCAGCUCUGGAGGCUGUGACGCCGUCGCCCUCCUUUCAGCAGAGACACGAGAGCAUGCGACCGAGCACGAAGGCGCGAGCAGCUCGGACCAGCAGCGUGAGUUCGGCAGGGUCCGAGUCCCCCGCCCUCUCCUCCCUCUCCCUGGACUCCCUGGUGGCUCCGGACACGCCCAUCCAGUUUGACAUCAUCUCCCCCGUCAGCGAGGAGUACGCAGGCCAGGCCAAGAGCGCCGGGCAGGGCGGCAGAAGGACCAACCCGUUUGGGGAAUCUGGAGACACGCCCUCUGAGGACAGUGAAGACUCCAUCCUGCACCAGCUGUUCAUCGUCCGUUUCCUGGGCUCCAUGGAGGUGAAGGAGACGGAGCGUGCUGACGUCAUCUACGAGACCAUGAGGCAGAUCCUGGCUGCCAGGGCCAUCCACAACAUCUUCAGGAUGACCGAGUCUCACCUGCUGGUCACCUGCGACUGCCUCAAGCUCAUCGAUCCUCAGACCCAGGUGACGAGGCUCAGGUUCCCUCUGUCCAGCGUGGUCCUGUGUGCGACCCACCAGGAGAACAAGCGUCUGUUUGGCUUCGUGCUCCAGACGCCGGGAGGCCGGGUGGACGGCCGGCCCGUCACCGUCUGCUACAUCUUCGAGUCCAACAACGAUGGCGAGAAGAUCUGUGACAGCGUAGGACUGGCCAAACAGAUCGCCUUCCACUCCGAGAUGGAUCGUAAAGCUGAGGAGAAGAAGAAGGAACAUGACAAGGCCAAGGAGAAACAGCAGGAAGAGCUGAGCAAACAGAAGCAGAUAGAGAAGGACCUGGAGGAGCAGAGCCGCUUAAUAGCUGCCUCCAGUCGCCCCAGCAACCCACCCGCCAAUGACGGACAAUUCCUGGUUCUCAGCAACAGCCAAUCGGAAGACAGUGACGCUGGAGACGAGGGACGAAAGAAGGGAGAGUCCGAGGCUUGACCCAAAACAGGCGAGGAUGUGAUAGGUGGGCCAGCCGCUGACUUUUACAGACCCUGCCUCUUCCGGUUGUUUCCGGCACUAGGCUCCUCUGGUGUCUCCUGUAGGAGCAGAAAGCGGAGCAGCUUUAUCAUGGGGGGGGGGGGGGGGGGGGG